UAUAUCGCUUUCUAGCUGCAACACUUUUUUAUGAAUCAUUUUACUUAUAUAACAUAUUCUAAAGAAAUCGUGUUGGACCUAUCUAGAGAUAAAAUUAAUUCUUUAAAAAAUUCAAAAAGACAAAAGUUUUCUUGUCACUCUGUCGUUAUUCAUGGUCAAAGAAGGGCCAUGAAAGUACUUGCUUUGCGAGAUACCUUCUUCAUUUGAUGUCAUCGAUCUUUCUAACUUCGCAUGCUUACUCCAAGAACCUCUUUUUUUUAAUUUUUCAGACAAAACGUUGCAGAAUGAAGCUAUUGUGCUUCUUUCCAGAAUUGACAAUAUCACGUUAAAUAUUUACUUACAAUACAAAAAAAAACCAAGUUGAUUUUGUGAAUUCGACGCUUCAAUAAUUUAACGAUGUAUUCACCAAGUAUUGUACUUUGUUUCGCAUUUCUGCUUGUUGCUUCGUUCUCAGAAUUUCAGGAAGAUUUUACAAAUGGCGAUGAGCAAAGCGAUAACUCGACAGUGCAGUAUGAUUUUUUCGUAAAUUCUACGAAAUAUCAAAAUGAAGAGACGGAACUAACACGGUGCAAAUCACACGGUGCAAAUCACGAAAAUUCUGUUAAGAAUAAAAAUCAAAUGCAAUAUGAAUCUUGUAUUAAUUCUACAAAAAAUAAUUGCAAGAAUGACUCGAUGCGAUAUGAGUCUCGUGAGUAUAUAAUAAAAAAUCAUGAAGACAAUAAUCAGACAUCUAUGGAGUUCUGUACGAAUUCGAUAGAGAUCGAUAAUUUCACGUUACCAGAAAUUAAUGAAAAUUUCACCAAAACUGAAGACAAGAACAAUUCCAUAUCAUACAAAUACGAUGAUUCCAACAGAACAAUGAAAACUACCUUUGUUAAAAAUGAAGAGUGCAAAGAUAAUAUUACUUGCAUUCAGUUCUGUUGUCCUUAUGGUUAUAACUUGACGGUAAAGGGACAAUGCGUCGAACAUGGAGAGGAUACGUACGCUUUUCCAAACAAACAGAAGAAUGAUUCCGGGGAAUCAUCUCAAAUAUCUGACGAACUAUUUUUGACUGUUCAUGAUCCAUGCGUUGCACAAGGACGUGGUCGUAGAUUUGUUUUUGCCAAUACAUACUUGUUUCUCACCGAUGGCUCUUUGUAUAUGAAUACUGGCGAAUUCAUUUCACCAAAGUCUUAUUGCUUUGCCAUUUUAUUUCGGGAUGUAUAUGACGUGAUCGCCUGCACUGAUCAGACAAGACUUCCAGUAUAUAUAUCCGCGUGCCACUUAUUAUCUUUGCCGUUCCUACUGUUGACGUUCAUAGUAUAUUCCAUAUUGCCAGAACUCCGGAAUAUACAUGGUUAUUCAUUGCGUGCACACGUGGGUUCAUUAUUCAUCACAUACGCGAUUAUAUAUCCUGGCCAACAAGUUUCUGGAUUAGCUGAAUUAAAAUAUUGCGUUGCACUAGCAUAUAUCUUCAACUUCUUCUUUUUGUCGAGUUUUUUUUGGCUAAAUGUAACAUGCUUCGAUAUUUGGUGGACAUUUAGAGAACUCCGUUCGCAUCGAAGAGGAGGAAACCAUUAUGAAAGAAAGAAGCUUAUAAUAUAUUCGAGCUAUGCAUGGGGAGUUACUAUCAUUCUCAACGGUUUCUGCGCCAUUAUGGAUAAUAUUCCCAAUCUACCAGAAAAUUUGAUCCGACCAGAAAUUUGCGAAAAACGCUUUUGGUACGGUGAGAAUAUAGCAAAAUCAUUAUAUUUUUACGUACCCAUGAGUAUUACUAUCGUUAGUAACGUUUUUUUUUUCAUCUGCACAACACUAACAAUUCUGCACCAGAAAAUACAUACAGCUAGUGAGCUGAGAGAUUCGGAGAGCAAGCGCCACGAUGAAAAUAAGCAGAGGUAUAUAUUACAAUUAAGGCUUUGA